AUGGGUGAUAGAUUAUUUAUGGCAAUAAGCCGGCGCCGUAUAUCAUGCCCAUUGGCUGUACAACAUCUGUGGGAUGCGGUGAAAGUGAUACGUUUUCAAAGACAGGUACCAGAUGUUGAUCGCAUUACAAAGUAUAUGGCUAGAGUUCACAAUAUGUCAUCAGGUAAACCAAUAAUAAGGUUUUACUUAAAAAUAUGUUUACAAAAUGUAUUGUUUUGAUUAAUAGAGGAAGUAGGUAGGCAAUUGAAUUAUUGUGUCCGUGAUGGUCUUAUGAUUUUAACAAAACGAGUCAAGGUUCAAAAAGGUUCAAAAACAGGAGUUGCAACUGAAGGAUAUAAACUACCAAAAGAAAAGGUUUGUUAAUUUUUAAAUAUUAAUUUAUCCAUUCAAUAUUUUUUUACCAAUUUAUAAUAAUGUUUUAUAGGUUGACAAAGAUUGUCAUGAUUGGUAUUGUUUUCAAUGUCACAGUGCUGGAGAUGUUAUAAGUUGUACUUCUUGUUAUCGAGUUUAUCAUCUUUCAUGUAUUGAAAGAGAAGACUUGCCAGAGAAUGAUGUUAAACAUAAGUUCAUUUGCAAUAUAUGUAAAGUAAGUAGUUGUUUAAUAUUGUUUGAAAGUAUAUUAAUUUAUUUUAUAUUUUUAGAAAUGCACAUCUACUGAAGAAACAUCUAAGAAAAUAAAAAAAAUUCAACUCAACAGACUUCUUUAUCGUACAACUGGUAGAUUAAAAGAAAAAGUAAUUUUUAUUUAAUUUAUUAUAAUUGUUGGGCUUGUCUAAAUUUUAUAAAAUAAUACAAAUGUGUAUAUUGGAGCUACACAUUUUAUGUUUAAUUUUAUUUCUAAUUGUUUGAUUAACUAGAUACCUUUGCCAUGGACAGAACAUACAAUUGCUACUGUAGCUCCAUCAACAUAUGUAUCAGACCGAUUACAAUUUCAAAGUCAACUGAAAGGAAGUGAUUUGCAUAUGAAUAUGAAGUCAGUUUUAAAUGAAAAAGAUCCUUGGAGAAUUGAGCUUCUUAUUUUUAAGUACGAUCCUGUAUUUUUUAUUAAAUUAAAACUUGUAUUUAAAAUUAUUAUUCUUUUAACUAUAGAACUAUAGACCUUCAAAUGAUUGAAGAUAAAUCUCAUAAUGGUGAAUACAAAAACAUUGAAGAAUUUAGAGCUGAUGUAUUAACUUUUAUUCACAAUAUUAUUAUUUUUCAUGGAGGUAAAUUUUUAAAGUUCAAUUAUUUUUCUUCUUAUUUUAAAACCAAGAAAUUAUUUAAAUGAAAAACUGUGUUUCUUCAAUACAUAUGUUAAUAAUAUUAUUUAUAUUUUAGUGAAUAGCAGUUUAGCUGACUAUGGCCGGUCAAUGUUGAGAGAUUGUAAUAAUGAUUUGGAAGAGAUAUUGAGAUGUCAGUAUUGUUACAAGUAUUCCAUACAAAAAAAUUUCAAAUUUUGGUUCUGUAAGCCAUGUAAACCACCCCAUGAUCUAGUGUAUGCUAAACAAGAAGAUCUUCCUUAUUGGCCAGCAAAGGUAAAUUUAUAUAGUUAGUCAAGGUAAUAUUGGUCUUCAUGGAUAUAAAUAAAUAUCCUUGUGUGAACAAUUUGAUGCAAAUUAUGUAUUUUUCAUUUUUAGAACUGAUAGUUAUAUUAUUAUAAAGUUUAUUAUCUUUAUAGCACUCUCUAGCAAAUUUAAUAGUAAUGUUGAAUAUUACAAAAUAUACAUAACCAUUAUACAUAUACAUUUUCCAUAUUUUUGUACUAUGAUUAUGAUAAACAAAUAAUAAUACCAAUUUAAAUUUGAGUAGAAUUAUAAAUAAUAAUUAAUUUAAAGUAUUUAAAAUAUUUUAAUUAAUUGAAUUUUAAAAAAAGUAGUGAAAAUAAAAAACAGACAAUACAAAUGUCUGAAUUUUGAUUUUUGGCUCCACAUAUAAUUUUUUUUUUUUUGGAAUUUUAAUUUUUAGAAUUAUACAUUGUGUGUAAUUAUUGAUGUACUAAGCCACACAACACAAGGUUUUAUAUUUCAUCAUAUCUCUGUCAACAUUUCUACCAUUUAUACUUGGUGGAAUUUAUGGAAAACCUGAUUUUCUUUAUUCUUGACUGAUGCCCUGGCUUAUCUUAAAUUUAUCCGCACAGCAAUAGGAGAUUUUUUAAUGUCAUAUUCAUUUCUACAUGGUUUUGUUGCCCAUCAGUUGCCUCUUUUAGAUUCAGUUUUGUGAAUGUCUAAAACAUUUUCAUAAAUGAUCUGCCUGUUUGCCAAAAAAUAAUUUGGAAGAAAACUGAAAAUCUAAAUUCACUUGUAGUAUCUUUCUUGUUCUUGACCACUACUCAAUACUAGUGAUUAUAAUAUCUAAUAGAACUAGUCACCAUUUACCAAAUCUAUUCACUUUUUCAACUAAAUGUCACUUUUUUUUAACGAGUCACUAAAAGUCCCAUUUUUAUUUUUAGUUACCAAAAGUCAUUUAUUUCAUUUUGAAUUUUUUGCACUAUUUAUAAUACUUUUUCUAAAUAUUUUGAGAUUUAUUGUACAAAAAGUGAUUUUUUUUUUUUUUUUUUACAUAAUGACUGAAUUACAUUAUAUUUUAGUUGUCUAAGUUAAUUAAUAUCUUUAAUCUUAAUUUUUACAAUGUUAAACCUGGUUGGUCAACCUAAUAUAAUCUGUAACCUUUUUGGUAUUUUUCAUUACUUACAUAAUAAAUAUAUUUUGAUAAAAAUUAUAUUAUCAAUAAUUAAUAAAAAGUUUCUAUACACAUUUGUGUUUUUCAAUCCAUUUUUCAAUUUUGACAAGUUGAAAAAUAAUCAAUUCCUUGAGUUGGUACAUUGUAUCUACUUGUAAUUUAAUAAUUAUAAGUAUCUAUCCAUUCUACCUACAUUUAAAAAUGGCUAUGUUUUCAUCUUUUGUUUAUAAUUUUAAUGCAAAAUUAUAAUAACAUAUUUAUAAAUUAAGCUAAAUCUUAAGAAACUCAGUUUAUUGAUGUAUUUAAGAAAGUCACUUUUUUUAUACUUUUUAAUUACUUUAUCCAUUAUUUUAAAUAUAAUACAUUGGUGACAACCCUGCAUUUGUGAAGUGUCAUAUGUCCCACUUGACUUCCUGACAAAGUUUUUAGUUUUAAACAAUUUUAGAUGAAAUUUAAGAGAAUUCAACAAAAAAAUAAAUAAAUUCUCCUAAAUGUGAGUAUAAUAUGUAUUCCAUUGGGCCGUGGAAUAAGUUAUAAUAUAAAAUAUAGAGCCUGGUUUCUUUUAAAACUAUUUAUGAAAUAAUUGUAGUUAAACUGUCUAUUUAUUUUUUAUGUAAUACAUUUUAAAAUGUUCAUCAAAAUGUCUGUGAAUUAAAUUUUUUCCUUGGUAUUUAUUCCAUUCUUGGUUGAGACUAACCAUAAAGAAUGUUAAAGUUGAAAUUUUUUGAAGUUAAUAAGUAAUCAAUAUUUAAUAAAAUCUAAUAAAAUUUGCAUUAACUCAAAUUUAUAAAUAAUAAUAACAUAAAAAAAAAAAGAUAUUUUUUUUUUUUUUGUGUACCUAUGUAUCAAAAUUAUAAUUAGUAAAUUAUAUUUUAGGUUUUAAACAUUGAAGGUGAUAAUUAUGAAGUAAGGUUUUUUGGAGGUAAACAUCAUAUUGGAAUUAUUGACAAAUCACAAAUUUAUCCUAUAUCAGUAAAUAUUCAUUCUUUGCAAGUAAGUAUUUCUGAGAGUAUUAUAUUAUUAAUAUUAAUAGUAGUAUGAAACUUUAUAAUUUGCUAUUAGGGCUGAGUAUAUAAUAUGCCAAAAACCAUUAAAAAUGCUUUAAACUACAAAAAUAUAUCUUAUUCUUAAAAACACAUAUAAUUUGUGUAACAAAAUGAGCAUUGUACAGGGAACUUUGGAAAACAAUGCAAAUUGAAUUGAAAUUUCAGCCCUAUUUAUUGUAAUGCAAAUUAACAAACAAUAUUAAUGUUUGAAAAAAAAGUUUAAUGUAGGGUUGAACAUUUUUUAUUCAGUACAUCAAUAUUUAUUGUUUUAGUCUCAAGGUCUUACUUCUCAAUGGAACAAAGCUUGUGAAGAAUUACGUCGCCAUCAAUUGCAAUUAGAUAAAGUUAUAAUUGGUCUUACAGCUCAAUCAUCAUCAUCUUCAUCUGAUUUAUCAUCUGAAAAUGAAGAUACACCACCUGUGUUUAUUCCUAUACAAAAUGGUAAAAAGAAAAAUAAAAUUAAAAAAAAAAUUAAUGUAAAAUCUAACAUAAAAAUUGAAACAGAUAACGAGGAGAAAGAAGAAAAGGUGUGUUCUAAGGAAGAGCCUGUUAAAAGAAAACGUAGUAGACCAGCAUCAUUAGAAAAAAAAUGCAGUCCCCCUAAAAAAGUUUUGAUGGAAAAAAAAUCUACUCCUGAAGUCAUAGUUGAAAAAAGGGGUAGAGGUAGACCUAGGAAAAUUGUUGAACCUCUAAAUACAGACAAAACUCCUGUUAAACCAUUGAAAAUAAAAGUUAAAAGUCCAAAAAAAAAUAGUAGUACAGUCGAAAUUAUUGAGACGAUGAAAGAAAAAAUUAAGACACCCCGUAAUACACGUUCAUCAAAAACAAAAUCGACAACUAAAGAAAGUAAAGUAGAUGAGAACAUGACUGAAAGGUUAAAAGACUCACAUGUUGUUGAAAAUGAAACAGUUAGUUCUUCGUGUCAAGAUUCGGUAUGUUCCAUUAAUAUGCAAACAAAACCAAUUACUACGAAACCACCUAAAAGUUAUAUUAGCAAGGUUAGUUGUAUAGAUUAAAUGUAUUGUGUAAAAAAUAAAAUAAAAUAAUAUUUUAGAUUCGUGCCGAAAUGGAAAGUGAAAAACGCAAAGCCAUAGAACAAUUGAUUGAACAACAUAAAAAGAAAAUUGCUUUAUUAAAAGAAAGCCAUAAUAAUGCAAUAUCCAAAGUGAAAAAAAAGCAAUGGGUAAAUUUUAUUUUAAGCAUAACAUUUGUAUAUGUUUUGAAUUUAUAUUUUUUGGUUAAUUUAAUUUAUAAGGUGCUGACACAUUGUUCCAAAAAAUUAUCUGAAUUUCUAUAAUUAUAAAUGAGGGAAAACCAAUGUGGUGACAUCAAUCAUAAAUCCAAUAAUAAAUAAUAAGAAAAGAGCAUAUAAUCCUUUUUUUGCAAUUAUUAUAAAAAUAAAAAAAAAAAUUAUAUAAAGACAAAUUUAAAAAAAAAAAAUGUAUUUAUUAUCAUGUAUAAGUUAUUAAAACUAUUUGGGACCUCCGAAAAUUUGAUAAAUUUCAAAACAGACCUCCAUAGUAAUUAGUUCUGUUUUAAGAAUUUUAUAAAUUUAGUCUCAGUAUUUUAUUGGGCCUAUAUUUGUAUUAUAUUGUUUAUUGAAAUUUAAUAUUUAGUUAUCCAAGAUUUAUGAAUGAUUAUUGUAAUAAUGUAUAUUUAUAUAAGUGUAUAACUCGUGUAAUAAUAUAAUAUUGAAUAUUGUAUUUAUAUUUUAGUGUGUGAAUUGUGAAUGUGAAGCAAUUUACUAUUGUUGUUGGAAUACAUCAUAUUGUAAUCCUAAAUGUCAACUUAUUCAUUGGAGUAGUGAACACAAAAGACACUGUCGCCGAAAAAGAUGA